AUGGACGACGAGAUUGGCAAUUUUGUUGUCAUUUUUCGACCCCCUGGUGAUGCGCCAAUGUACAAGGUCGAGGUCAACACUUCCCAGUAUACCUUUGUCGCGGCCGCGGCCGCCCUCGCUACCAAAGUGCUACAAACCCCUCAAGCGAUAAACGCAAUGAUCGAACUUGCCUUGGAGCUUGCCGAGACUGUGGCGAUGAGGAAGUCCAUUCAAGACAACCCAGCACUGGCUAGACAAGCGGUCCAGCUGUUCGUCGACAAGAUCAGUGCCAAAUUCCCCGGCAUCGUCAUUGACUCAUCCAUCAACACUGUCCAGAUGCUGGGUUUCCAUCUUGGGAUAGUGUGGCACGGUGGACUGGAAGACUUUGACCCUCGUAAGCACAUGAUCCACAUCAAUGCGCAGAGGCUGGAGGACUUGAUGGACGUAGCAGACGCGGGAACCCCGAUGGCCGACAAAUACUUCCAGACAUUCAUCUUUCAGCUUGCAAACACCUUUGUUCAUGAAGUUGGUGGCCACCUCCUCGUGACAUUUCUCAGUGACCUCAUUGUGGAUGAAAAUGGCCAAGUGGCGCGCCCAUUUACUCCUCCUUCAGUUAGCUACAGUAACUAUGCUCUGUGUGACAACUGUAUGGCAGGCGAAUCGGGACGUGCUCUUGAAGACAUUCUAUUUGGCGGGUCGCUUGAGUACUAUCAUGACCCUAGUGGUGGUCCCCGGCAGCCCGGAAUUCCCUAUCUCCUGGAUGAGGAUAAUCUUGUGAGAUGCAUCCCUGAAGCUUUCAUUAGCAAUUUUCUUGCAAAUCAAUUCCAAUUUCCAUAUCCUGUAGAAGGGCCAGCGUUUGUUCCAAGGACCAUGAUUCCGCUGGGCAACACCACUACACCUAUCCAGUUUCCCCACCCCAGCGCCCGCCCGCAGCUCGCUCUACAAGACCUGCCCAACAUGGCCGGAGACCGUGUUCUGCUCAGGCGGUUGCGCCAAGUUCUCACUGAUAGGAAACGUCGCGCUAUUGCUAUUUGA